CGCCGAGAGCGGCCCUUCCUGGCGCGCCCGGCCCAUCCCGGCUCUACCGCGAGCUCUCUGGGCUCCGCUCUGCCCGGGGCUCCCGCCCGCCGCUCCGCCCGGCGCCGCCCGCCGACAUGAAGCUCGUCAGGUUUCUGAUGAAGCUGAGCCAUGAGACUGUGACCAUCGAGCUGAAGAAUGGGACGCAGGUGCAUGGAACGAUCACAGGAGUGGAUGUCAGCAUGAAUACACAUCUCAAAGCAGUGAAAAUGACACUGAAGAACAGAGAACCCGUACAGCUGGAGACGCUGAGUAUUCGAGGGAAUAAUAUCCGCUACUUCAUUCUGCCGGACAGUUUGCCUCUGGAUACUUUGCUAGUGGAUGUUGAACCAAAAGUCAAAUCCAAGAAAAGAGAAGCAGUUGCUGGAAGAGGCCGUGGCAGAGGCCGUGGCAGAGGCCGAGGUCGUGGAAGAGGAAGAGGAGGCCCAAGACGAUAACUUCUCAUCACGCAACUGUUACCAAAUUCUGGGCAGUUUCAGAUAUUUUUUUGUACAGGUCUUGUUUAUGGUAUCCAUUUUUAAUAAACCGAAAUGUGAAAAGGUCGUCUUUCCUUUGUUAGCAGAGCCUGGGGAGGGAGGUGUGUCCUGUUUCCAGGGGCUGUUACAGACUAAGCAGGUCUUGUUGGUGUUGGCUGUCACUGUCAGGAUUUUGCCCACCCCUGAAGGCCGUACAAUUGCCUCUUGCUUUUCGGCUCAGAACGAGAGACCUGCAUUGUUGUGCUUUAACAAUGUGUGAAAUUAAUCCUUCCUUUGUAAGGCACUUCCAUCUUCUAAUGGUUACAUAGUUAAGACACUGUAUCAAGAACCCCCAUCCCAUGAGUGUUUCUCAAGUGUUCUUCAGAGCGACUUUUUUAAAGUUCAUAGAUAUAAUUUUAAUGUUUUCUAUUACAUGAAGCUUACAAUUUAAACAUGUUGCUUUCUUUAUAAAACAUAUACAUGGGGAAAUUAACCAGGUCAGUGGAACUGCUGGAUUGUUACAUCUGAUGAUUAAAGAAUACCUGGAUAUGAA